AUGUGGUCGCUACGGGUCUAUACCCGCAAGAAGAGGGCCGGCCAGAGGCUCAACCUGACCCCGACGCCGGACCUUGGCUCCUCUGCGUCGGCCGAGGCCCGCGCAGGCCCGAAAGGGAGUGGCCCCGCGCACGGUUUGCGGAAGAUCGCGGAGAAGGCCGAGCGGACUGGGCAGGGCCUCAGCGGCUCUGGGCGGCCCAGCUCUCAGUUAGGAGUUGCAGGGGAGAAAAGCCUGCAAGAAAGUAGCGCUAGUGAAGAAGAGACCCGGGAUGAGAAGAUGGCGCCAUUGAGCGAGUCAGUGACUGGUGAUCUCCAGGUUGACAGUAGUUCAUCAUCUGAUGAACUAGUAUCAGGACUAAGUUCACAGCGUGAUAUUUGUAGUUCUCUUCUGAGCUAUUCAAUCACAGACUCGUAUACAGAAUGCAAGAGUUUUGAAGAGAAUUUAAGUACCUUCCCAUCACCUGAACUCUUCAGAGGAUCAGAUUAUUUAGAUUGGGAGUGCCCCAGGUUGGAAGAAUACACACAAUGCAAGAAUUCCACUCUUCUGGAUACCAGUAAAGCAGUAGCAGUAGAGAAGGCACCCCAGUUUUCAAACCUAUCUUCAAUUUUAGCUACCUCUUUGGAAGACUAUCAGAAAUGCCAUAGAAAAAUAGUGAUGACAUUAGCAGAUGAAAAUAUUUCUCCAAAACCAAAGGGUACUUCAAAUUCAGAAUCAGAUAAUGCAGCUUGCAAAGUACUUGCUGAGAGAACUUAUCCUUUAACCCCCGAGAAAACAAAGAAAAAAGACACGAAUCCCACUACUCCUGAUAAGAAAAGCAGAGGCCUGUUAACAAGUACUCCAACUUCUCAGACAGCUGGUUUAGAGAUUGAUCUGUCUUCAGUACAAAAAGUGUCUUUGGAGGAACUAUUUCCAAAUGGCAGCAACUGUGUUAAUUCAGAUGAAAUUGUUCCUGUGUCAAGUUUGCAAGAACAUUUUUCAAAUGAGAUUCCUUCAAAUACAUCAGAAAUAUGUUGUAUAAUUAGAGCAUCACCAGGAACCAGACAAAUGAAAAGUAAAAGUGUUACUGUAAAGAAGAAGAAAUUUUCUUUUCCUAAAAGCAUUCCUGAAGAUAUUAUAAUAAAAGCAAAUGGCAGGAUGUAGCAGCUGUGGCUGAAUUUUCACCACAUUGAAG